UGCUUAUGUUCUAAACGCAGUAAAUUUUAGUUCAUUUUGCCUGUUGCUGUGAAUUUUAGUUCAGUGGCAUCAGUUCAGUGGACUUUUGCAGAUUGAGAAAAGUAAAAAACGAUGGCUUCAGAAACGGGUGGCGUAAAGCCCUUUUCCAUCGCUGGCCGUAUGGUCAGGGAAAGGGAACGUUUAGUUGGAAUGACAGAUGAGGAAAGAGCAUGGAGAAAACAAUGGCUUAAAGAUCAAGAAUUAACAGCAAGAGAACCCGUAAUGCCCAAAGAUUUUUACAAAGAACGAUAUAACCCAAUACGUCGACUGUACAGAGCCCCAUUAAAUGCUCUCCAAGUAGCAUUAACAGGUUCAUUAGGUGCUGAACGCGCAUUCAGAGUUCGAUUUUGGACUGGAAAAUUUUUAUUAGCUGCAGCUGGUAUUUACGCCACUGCUUAUUAUUUUAAGUAUAAUGAUAAUGAUUGGACAAGAAAAGGUGGUUGGCGUGUGCUUAAAAGUCGUGUUGCUGUGAAUCCUGGCGAUGAAGGUUAUCCUAAAGUGUCAGAUCGUACAAAACCUUCUGAUUAUGGUACUAGAGGCUUUGAAAAAGCAACAAUAUAAAUCAAAUUUUUGUAAAUAUUUGUAGAAAACUUGUUAUUUAAUAAAA